AUGUAUAAAUAUUGUAUAGUGCCGAAAUGUAUAAACACUUCUAUUAAAACACCAGAAAAACUAUUUUUUAACGUACCGAAAGACCCCAACUUAGUAAAACAAUGGUAUUCCAUUGUAAAAAGAGAUGAUAAAACUACACCCUCUGCCGAGGCUACAAGAAAUUGCUGUGAAGAUCACUUCGAUUUAGAAGAAGAUAUGGAAAAUUACGUAAAGUUUAAGUUACUUGGAGGAAAGCUUAAACUGAAGAAGGGAGUUUUGCCUCAUAAGUUUGAAUGCCAAAAGCCCCAAAAAAAGAAAAUUGACCGACCGGGUUUUUUAAAAACGACAAGACAUAGAAUAUUUUGA